CAAAAAUUUUUUUCCUAAGCGGCCAUCAUUCAGUCCGGCCCUCUUUCGGCGGCAACAAAAGUCAUCCGUCGUGUCCAACUGGCCUAACUCCGGGAUAUGCAAAAAUAGAGCCGGAAACAUAGCGUAGAUACCACCAUACAAACAGUACGAAAAUCUCAGCUAAGUUGCUCACUUCGGUUCGGUCAAUCAGGGUUUUGUUCAGUUUCAAAUUCUGGAUUCUGUUGUUAUCCUCAGCUUUGGUGGAGAUUCAUAACGUAAGUUUUGUCUUGCACUUAAUAACCACUGGUUUUAAGUCUCCCUGAAAGAAAUACAAAACUUAUCCAACUUUAUCUAGUUGUUACUGUCUCCUUCUGCACUUGAUUGUGUACUCCCAAUUAGUCUCUACCCUGCUGGAAAUAGUGAACUGAGAAAAGAUAGACAGUUAGACACUUACAUACUGCUGCUCUUGGUGCAAUUGGUUUAUGCACUCAAGUUGUUCUGCAUAAUGAUGCAAAGAGACCCACUGUGAUAUUGGCUUAUAUUCUCUAUGUGAUGGAAAUUAAGUAGGAUUCCCAACUUUAAUCUUCGGUAGCUUCUUAGGAUUGGUGGUUUUUCAUGUAUAAAGUUAACAAGCAAUUAAUUCUUUUUGUUCUGUCAAUGCUCGUGAGAAGCCUUUAUUUUUCCCCUGCUGCUAGUAUUGUUAGGUAUGAUUAUUUGUGUUCACUCGAGACCUUAUGAGAUCCAAGUUGAACGCUUUAAUCCGAUUAUACUCCAUACUUCCCACUGCCCAGAAUCUCCAUACAUUCUUCUCCAAUGCGUCCCCUUUCAAACCAAUCAUUUGCUGCCCUAGGUUCUAUGUUAAACCUGUUUUGGCAGUGAGAGAAGAUUUUGCCAAAAAAUUAGCAAUCAUUAGAGAUGGAACGGAUCCUCCAGUAGAAGUAUCUGAUCAUGUUGAAAAUAUAGCAACCGUAAGAAAUAGAAAGAGUUCCGAAGAAGUGUCUAAUGCUCUCAUGAGGUGGGGUUGUACUGAACAUGAUGUUUCCAUUAUUUUUCUCCGGAAUCCAUCCUUGCGCAAUAUGACUGUGAAGUGCCUUCAGUCCAAGCUUCAGAUUCUCAGAAACUUGGGUAUCUGCUCAUCUGACCUUGUGAAGAUUAUGCAAUGUCGUCCGCGGUUUCUCAGUUGUCGGUUAAGUACAGAUUUGGAGGAGCGUAUUGAGUAUCUUCUGAACCUCUUUGGUUCCAGAGAAAUCCUUCUCAAGGCUAUAUUGCGCAAUCCAUCACUUCUCAACUAUGACCUACAUGGUAGAAUGAAACUUGUGGUAGCUACUUAUGAGAGCGUUGGUGUUAGCAGAGAUGAUUUAAUCCCUAUGCUCCUUUCUCGCCCCACCUUGAUUCCCCGGUGUGUCCUGGAUGAUGAAAAGAUGGAUUAUAUACGCAGAACUGGUGUCUCAAAGGAUUCUAAAAUGUACAAGUAUGUUGUGACUAUCUUCUCUGUUUCACGGACUGAGACGAUCUGUGAAAAGAUAGCAAACUUGGAGAAAUUCGGUUUCUCGAAGGAUGAGGUUUUGAAGCUUUUUGGACGGAAUCCUUUCAUAUUAACAUUUUCCACUGAUAAAGUUCAGAGGAACAUGACUUUCAUAUGUGCAACUAUGAAGCUUCCUGCAAAAACUGUACUGGAUGAGCCAUUCUUGUUGUGCAAAAAUCUGGAGACAUGGCUAAGACCACGGUUUUUCCUUGGACAAAAGAUAGAUGAUAUGGAUCUGGCCCCUCGAGUUAAUGGACCUGUAAUCCUGACAGCUUUAAGGAUGACGGAAAAGCGAUUUAUCAAGGCAUUCAUCAACUGUCACCCGGAAGCUGUGGCUGAGGAAUUGAUCAUGUUCUAUAAAAGUGCAAAAUGUAUCAAACGUAUAGCAGGAUCCUCAAAGAAAUGCAUACGUUAUGGUUUCCCUUUCUGAAUGUAUCUGUCUGACAUUUUUGAGCUUUUCAAUUUACGUCACAAUGUAUUACCGGGAAAAUGAGUUUUAUUAUUUUGCAGACCUAGUUCCAUUCAACUUGCUAUUUUUCAUCGGAGUAUGUGUCUCUGUUUUCUUUCUUAGGAUGAAUUUAAG